AUGAGGUAUCAAAGAUCUAUUGAAACUCGGUCGGAGCUCGAUACCCAAGGAGCCCCCAUCAAGCUACGAGAGCAAUUCAGCCGCCAGUUCUGGUCCGACAUCAAGUGUGGCUGUCACCAAAGAGAGUUUCGUGAAAAAGAAAAAGGAAAUAUGCUAUGUGACGGGGCUCAUGGUUCUAGUACGAUACAUAAACCUGGUCUGGACUUUUCGUCGCACCGGUUCAACGUCGCACACAGUCCAUCUGCUCAAAAUCCAUCAUCAAAUAUGAUACCUAGAAGUCUUCAGCAAAAUAAAGGACUGCAUAAACAGAGCAUCCAAUUUCAGAUUUUUUCCGCUAUUCGGAAAAAUCAACAGGGAGGGUUCAAUGGCGUAUCAUUCAAUUCAUCUCAAACUCUCGCAUUUCCGAAAAUAACUGGCUCCAUGAUAGAUGGCCCUCAAGCAAACUUCUCGCUUCCUACAAUAGAUCGUACCUUACCGCAAAGAACAAACUUCCGAGUCGCAGCAAUGGAAAGACAUCAAGAGUUACUUCAGUUUUUUCGUGAACCAACGGAAAUAUCCGCAAGAACAAAAUUAGAGGCUGUGGAAAUCGAUGAAAAUGCAGAAACAAACCAAACCUCUGGUGCAAACAACAUCAGACAGCUACCAUCGGUAGAAGUUAGGGAAGCUGCGGCAAAUGCAGCUGAUGAGGCAAGCGAUACAAACAUAAUCAGACCGUCGUUGCAACUGCGGAUUGCAGGCGAAAUGGAGAUAUCUAGAAGACGAAAUCAGCACUCAAAGGCACAUGUGCGCAAAUUGUUAUGUAGAAUAUACUACAAUCCACAUCCCGACCUGUCCAAUGUGCCGGAACAUGUUGGAUCUUCCAUAGAGGAUUUCUUCUGA